AGCACACCAGUAUUUCCAUCCUGCCCUGCCCUCCUCCUCCAUCAUUUGCCACACAGUGACAGAGCGGACGACGACCCACAAAAAUCUCAGUGGCAGAGACCACCUGCGUAUAAACCUCUGUGUCUCCGAGGGCUUUUGUACACAGUUGUCCACGGCUCUAGGGCUUUUGUCACGCUUCCCCAUCUUCUGGAAGCUUAUCGGAGUUUCUAUAUUUUAGGUUCAUUGCGGUCUGAGGAGAAUGGGAAGUAAUGGUAGUGAACAUAUUCUCAUCGGUGAGCAGGUCGAAGGGUCUGAAGCCACUAUUGAGAUUAAAAUAAAAACAUUGGAUUCACAAACCUAUACUCUCAGGGUGGAUAAACAGAUGCCAGUUCCUGCUUUGAAAGAACAAGUUGCUUCUGUCACUGGUGUGCUAUCAGAACAACAACGACUGAUAUGCCGAGGAAAAGUUCUAAAGGAUGAUCAGCUUCUCUCUGCCUAUCAUGUUGAAGAUGGUCACACCUUACACUUGGUUGUGAGACAGCCUAUUCCACUAUCAGCUGAAGGGUUACCAGAUCAUCCAGGAACUGAUCCAGCUUCAAGUUCAAGCCGUCAUGCUGGCCCUGGUGUUGUCAUUGAAACUUUCAGCAUGCCUGCUCAAGGGGAUGGAUUUGCACCUGAAAUCAAUCGGAUAAUCUCUGCUGUUCUCGGCUCUAUAGGAAUGCCAAAUAUUGCAGGUGCCAGUGAAGGGAUCGAAGUCAGGGAACAUGGGCCGCAGAGGCCAGAAAGGACAUCGGGUUUCGGUGGUAUGUUUGAUUUCUCCCAAUUUCAAUCUGAACAAACUGCCACAAGGGGUCCAUCUGAUAGAUCAAAUGGGACUUUUAGCCAUUCAACAUCAUUUCCUUUGGGGGCCCUGCCACCUCUGGUAAUUCCUGGUUCUUUGACCACUUUAACCCAAUAUCUGAGUCAUAUGAGGCGUGAAUUUGAGGCUAUUGACAGAGAUGCGGGAAGCAAUCAAGCAACUGCUUCUCAUAGGACUGAAGAAAGCUCCAAUUCCUCAUCACGUUCAGGGAUAAGGCAAGAGGGGCUCUCCACUCCUGCAUCGUUGGCAGAAAUCAUGCGUUCUACUCGACAAUUACUCGCUGAACAAGUUGGAGAAUCCUUACUUCAAUUUGCAAGUCAACUGGAGAAUCAAGUGAAUGUGACUGAUUCUGCAGCACGGUUGAGUGCCCAAGCUAGUGCAUCGAGAACUGGAGCUUUAUUUCAUAACCUAGGUGCCUUUUUACUUGAACUUGGUCGUACAACCAUGACAUUGCAAAUGGGUCAAGCACCGUCUGACGCGGUGGUUAGUGCUGGACCUGCAGUUUUCAUAUCCCCUACUGGCCCUAAUCCCAUUAUGGUUCAGCCUCUUCCUUUCCAAUCUGGAACGAACUUUGGUGCCAUCCCCAUGGGAGCCGUGCAGCCUGGUUCUGGUCUUGUUAGUGGACUUGGUACUGGUUUUCAUCCAAGGCGUAUUGAUAUACAAAUACGAAGAGGUUCGUCGGCAACCACACCCGAUGCCACUCGAGAUGAACAAGGGGAGACUCAGCAGCCUUCAGGGCAAAGAAACCCAGUAACAAGUUCUGGCAGUGAAAAUCCUACUAAUCAAGCCACUUCAAGGGUCUCAGGUGGUUCAGCUUUUGCUGGAGAUCCGGCUGUAAGGAUAAUGCCAAUCAGGACCAUGGUUUCAGCAGUCCCUGCUUCCCUCAGUCGCCAACCAUCAGAUUCUUCUGGUAUUUCGGGAGGGUUAUACUAUCCACUGCUUGGAAGGUUUCAACAUGUAGCUUCUGGGAAUGUGAAUAGUGAACAAGGAACUCCAGCAUCCAGAGAUCGUCACCCUGCCAAUCAUACUGAUCCUCAGUCUUCUGAAUCUGCAGCAGAACGGCAAAAUGCUGCAGAUCCUGCAAGAGAUGGAUCAGCUCCCAAUGUAAGACGACCAUCAAUCGCACGAAGUGUCAGUAUCAAUAUUUUAUCAGCUGGCGGAACCCCAAACAGCCAAGAAUCUGAGAGACAGGUCCCAGGUAGUAUAUUACAGUUUAUAAGGACCCUCUUUCCGAGUGGUGAAAUUCAUGUAGAAGACGGCAGUGCCGAGGGAGCGACUGCAGGUUCUGUACCAGAUCAGCCAAGGCCAUCUAGUGGUGGUGUGGCUGCACCGGAAGCAGAACCAAGGGCCACCGAUGAAGGAAUAUUUUUGUCUAAUUUGCUUCAUGAAAUCAUGCCAUUCAUAUCUCAAGCCACAGGGGGAGAGCCAGGAAAUUCUUCUGAGCACAGAAUGUCCCAAGAUUCUCCCACCAGGGCUGAGACCUCCGAUGUUGGGUCAUCCCGUCAGCGGAGUGAUUCUGAAGAAUCUGAACCAAAUCUUCCUACUUCAAAACGCCAAAAGAAGGAGUAGUCAUGAUCCGAUGGUUCAAGCAACGGUACUCAUUGUCGUGAAAAAGUUAUCGAGUUUUUUAGCACAAUCGUUAAGUAUGCCAUUUUUUUUUUCCAACACAGAUUGCUUCUUGUUUUUCACUUCUUGCGAGAUGGUGUAAAAUUUCGUUCGAUUUGUGGAGAUACUAUGGAGACAUUUUUUAGCGGAUAUAAUAUCAUAAUGUUACAUAACUUAAA